UUUUUUUUUUAGUGUUAUUUUUAUUUCAAGACGCUAAAAAUAGUCUGCUUUUUUACUUGUUUCCUUCCAUAUAGACUAUUUGUACCUAGAUAGACAUAGAGUACCUUAUUUCUCUUGUUGCUGGAUUCUUCCACGUGUGAUCUACUUUGCACCAAUGCGGUGUUUGAAUUAGACCAUGGGUCGUAUUUAAAUCAAAAGCCCCCCCCCAUCUUGGGUUUUCCACUUACAUCCAUCCAUCAACAUGCUCUUGUACACUGAUAUUCUUACUGGUGACGAAUUGUUCUCUGAUGCUUUCCCCCUCAAGCUCAUUGAUGAUGUUGCUUAUGAAGUUGACUGUAAGAUGAUCACCAUCGCUGAAGGUGACAUCGAUAUCGGUGCCAACCCUUCUGCUGAAGGUGGUGAUGACGAAGGUGCUGAUGACCAAUCUCAAACCGUCAACAACGUUGUUCACUCUUUCCGUCUUGUUCAAACCUCUUUUGAUAAGAAGUCUUACAUGGUCUACAUCAAGGGUUACAUGAAGGCUGUCAAGGCUCAACUUCCUGCUGAACGUGUUCCCGACUUUGAAAAGAACGUUGCUGCUCUUGUCAAGAAGAUCUUGGGUAACUUCAAGGAUUACGAAUUCUACAUUGGUGAAUCCAUGAACCCUGACGGUAUGGUUGCUUUGUUGAACUACCGUGAAGAUGGUAUCACCCCUUACUUUACCUUCUUCAAGGAUGGUGUUAAGGAAGUCAAGCUCUAAGCUUUUUCUUAUCUUUGGAUAAUAAACAUAUAUAUACAUUCAAUAACGUGACUUGAUAAAAGGGUGCAUUGUAAUUAUUUUUUUUUUUCAAGUAACGUG